AAAAAAAAAGGAAAAAGCUAAAGGCUAAUUUUGUCCUGCUAUUCCAUUUGCACCCCAUUAUCUGCACGGAAUUACGAUUCCUGCCAUCACACCUACAUGUGCUGCUUAUAAAUGUCCACUCAGGGCCCUCCCCGUGAUUUCUACCUUGUACGAGGGCUAAAUCCGUCAUAAUUUUACGCACAUGCCGAUUCGAUUUUUAUAUACAAAGAAAGACAACAGCCGUGGAGGCCCCGGAAACUGAGAUUCGCGGAAGUUAGGUGGCGGUGCAAAUGGCCGGAUUGCCUCCGAGACGGCGUCGUUUUCCCCUUCCUCUGGUGAUUCUUCUUCGUUUCUUCAUCCUUCAUUUUCUGUACGAGUCCCAUUGCAUUCACUGUUAGAAGAACCCUAAGGAGGUCUCAGAGGCUUUUUCUCUGCAAGGUUCGAGAAAUGCUGGCGGCGGAGGGGGCGGCGAAGCUUCUGUACGUAGUGGUCGUGGAGGAUGACCCCGCGGCGCCGGCUGGGGCGGCCGCCGGGAAUAAGGGUUCGCCAUCUUUUAGGUACACGCGUUCCGUUCUGCGGAGUACUCUGCAACUCAUGGGCUGCAAGGCUCGUCAUGCCUUUAAGAUUAGCCAAAGGGUAUUUGAAGUGAUGAAACGCAAGUACUUCCUGGAGAAGUUCGUCUCAGAAUGUGUAGAGGUUUCACCGCAGGCUGCUAAAUUGUAUUCUCAAGGGGAGAAUAAGUACUAUUUUCCAUCCAGUUUGAACAAAGAAGAAGUUGAUCAUUCAUCUGUGGCAGAAGAUGCGAGAAAAAGCAAACCAUUCGAAUUGUACAAAAGACGCACAACCUUGGUUGUUGGAAGAAAAUAUUUUCUAGAUGUGGUUUGUGAUGCUCUCUCAGAGUACAAGUAUGUGGGUCCAAAUCAGAGGGCUGAUCUAGUAUUAGCUUGCAGAAUCAGAGAAAGAAAGGAAUCUGUGACUGUCUUACUCUGUGGUACGAGUGGCUGUGGAAAGUCUACUUUAUCUGCCUUACUUGGUAGCAGGUUAGGUAUUACUACUGUUAUAUCUACCGACUCAAUUCGCCAUAUGAUGAGGAGUUUUUCCGAUGAGAAACAAAACCCGUUACUCUGGGCUUCAACUUACCAUGCCGGUGAACAUUUGGAUCCAGUUGCAGUCGCAGAAGCUAAGGCCAAGAAGAAACCCAACAUUUCUGCUGCCUCACUAGCUAAAGAUGAAGGGCUCAGUAAUCCCACGAGUGGAAAAUCCGAAGGCAAUGCAAUGACCUGCGAUUUAAUUAGUCCGAAGCAGAUGGCUGUUGAGGGAUUCAAAGCACAAAGCGAGAUGGUAAUUGACAGCCUCGAUCGACUUAUAACCGCGUGGGAAGAAAGGAAAGAAUCGGUUGUGGUGGAGGGCGUCCACUUAAGUCUCAAUUUUGUGAUGGGGCUCAUGAAAAAGCACCCUUCCAUCAUACCCUUCAUGAUCUACAUCUCGAACGAGGAGAAGCACCUGGAGAGGUUCGCCGUGCGGGCCAAGUACAUGACUCUCGAUCCGGCCCGCAACCGCUACGUGAAAUACAUCCGCAACAUCCGCACCAUACAAGAGUACCUCUGCAAUCGGGCCAACAAGCACCUCGUCCCCAAAAUCAACAACACCAACGUCGACCGAAGCGUCGCAAUCAUCCACGCCACUGUCUUCGGCUGCCUUCGCCGGCGCGAAUCCACCGACCCCCUUUACGACCCCGUCACGAACACAGUGCCUGCUGUGGAUGAGGAGUACCGUAGCCAGUGUGUGGCCUACUCGUUGAGCUCUAAAGGAAUGUUCCAGCUUAUUCAGAGGCAGGGUUCCACUAGGCAUCUCAUGGCCCUUAUCAAUGGUGAUGGCUCCGUGGCCAGGGCAUGGCCGGUUGACGUGGCAGGGGACGGGCCGGUUUAUGGCCCGCUGCGUGUCGGGAGGGCCGAGCCCGUUAACCUGCAGUUUGGUCACUUUGGGAUUAGUGCUUGGCCUGGGGAUAAUGGGGGCACGAGCCAUGCUAGCAGUGUUGAUGAGUCGAGGGGUGAGCUGACUGAUAAUGGGAGUAGGUACUACUCGUCGUGUGGGAGCUCGCCCAGGAUAUCUGAUGGACCUGCCAAAGAGCUCAAGGAAGAAAUGUCUGUGCAUGGUAGUGAUGAAGAGGAGGUCGAUGAGCCGUUGGAGGUAGACAGUGACGACGAUUUUAGUCAUGGGCAGAAGGAACUGCAAGAGGAGCUGGAGGGGUCUGUGGACGAGGAAUCUACAAAAUCGGACGAGGAGUACGAUGAUCUCGCCAUGCAGGACAGUAGCUUCAUGUGUGACGAUGACAACCAACAAGAGAUAAACCUUCGUAAAAUGAAGUCCUUGAAUUUGACACUCACUUCUGGAGGCGAACACCAAUUUAAUAAAAACGGGCUCUUUAAUGGAGACAACAAGGACCAACAAAAUCUCGACCAGUUCCCGAGAACAAAAAGCGAGCCUAUGUCGGAUCCACUAGUGGUGCAUGGUUUUGCAUCUCCACACAGGGACAGAAACGAGAGAAGAGUGCCUCCGCCAGGUGGCAAUUAUAGAGUGAGAAGGCGUUCUCCGAGCCUGCAUCAGUCGUAAGUUGUAAUAAUGUAACAAUAGACAAGUGAUUAAGAGGGUGUCUUAAACUUAUCAUCUUGGCCUCUUUUNUUUUUUCUGUGU